ACCACACAAAACUUUGAUUUUGAGAAUAACACCACACAACAAAACUUGAGUUUAACAACUAAAAGAAGAAUCUAAACACUAAACAGAGAAACGAGAUGGCAAGCAAUGGCGAUGACAGCUACAACAGAAACCUUUGGCGGUUCAAAGGAAACGGUGCGACGAGUGAUGCAGCGGCAGUAACAUUGAGAAAGCUUGCUUUCGGGAUGUUUAAAAACUGCAGUUUAAACAGUGGAAAGACAGUCUUAUGCCCAACUCCUGGUGAUCCCAAUGCGUCUCCAAGCUUCAGGACUUGUCCCGAGGCCGAGGAAGCCGUGGCUGCAGCAGCACGUUCACGCAUGGCCAACUCUUAUGCACCAAGUCCCGGAAUUUUCAAGGCCAGAAGAGCGGUAGCUGACUAUCUUAACCGAGAGCUUCCUGCGAAGCUCAAAGCAGAGGAUGUGUACGUCACCGGAGGUUGCAACCAGGCAAUAGAGAUUGUAAUUGAUUCUCUUUCUGGUAAUCCAGCCGCUAACAUUCUGCUUCCAAGGCCCGGCUAUCCCCACUAUGAUGCUCGCGCAGUCUUUAGCGGCCUCGAGAUUCGCAAAUACGACCUCCUCCCCACAAGGAACUGGGAGAUCGAUCUUGAUGGCCUCGAGGCUGCUGCCGAUGAGAAUACCGUCGCAAUGGUUCUCAUCAAUCCCAAUAACCCUUGUGGAAACGUCUACUCCUACGAUCAUCUCACCAAGGUUGCGGAGUUGGCAAGAAAACUUGGUAUAAUGGUGAUAUCUGACGAAGUAUAUGAUCGUGUUGUAUAUGGAGACAAACCUUUUAUUCCCAUGGGGACGUUCGCAUCAAUAGCUCCAGUGAUCACCCUUGGAUCCAUAUCCAAAGGAUGGGUUGUCCCAGGCUGGAGAAUCGGCUGGAUCGCCAUGAACGAUCCUAAUGGCAUUUUUAGAUAUACAGGGGUAGUUCAAGCAAUAGAGGAUUGUCUUGAUUUAACUCCACAACCUUCAUUAAUUCUUCAGGAAGCACUUCCUGAUAUAUUGGAGAAAACACCAAAGGAAUUCUUCGCCAAGAAGCUCAAAGCCAUGAGACGCAACGUAGAGCUUUCGUGUGAGAGGCUCAUGGACAUUCCUUGUCUCUUUUGCCCCAAGAAACCCGAAUCUUGUUCUUAUUUAUGGGUAAUGCUUGACACAUCUAUGUUGAAUAAUAUUAAAAAUGAUUUUGAUUUUUGCUCGAAGCUAGUUACUGAGGAAAGUCUUGUCCUGAUACCAGGAGUUGCUCUAGGCGCAAAGAAUUGGGUGAGGAUAUCGAUCGGAGCUGAGGAAUCAGUGUUAGAUGAAAUAUUUGACAGAUUAAAGAGCUUUUACAUUCGUCAUGCCAUUUCCAAAGAAGCAAUCAAAUUCGAUGGUGAUACCAUUAAUCUGAUGGUUGUUUCCGUUAUUUAAGUGUCGUCCACACUUGCACUUUUGUAUACUUCCAUUAUAUUUACAACACAUAUAUAAGCUGGAAAACAUGUAAUAUCAAAAAGGUACUAAUAUAUUUUCUUUUCUUGAGUGCUUCAUUUUCUUCUCUUUAACAUCAUUAAGAGAUAAAAUAUUGUUUUCAAC